ACCCCAAAACCCUAACUUUUUUUCAACCCAAGAUCAAAAAACCAAAAAUAAUGGCAAACCCAAAAGUUUUCUUUGACAUGACCGUCGGCGGCGCACCUGCCGGCCGGAUCGUGAUGGAGCUGUACGCCGACACGACACCCAAAACCGUCGAGAACUUCCGUGCACUCUGCACCGGCGAAAAAGGGAAAGGGGCAUCAGGAAAGCCACUUCACUUCAAAGGGUCAUCUUUUCACCGUGUGAUUCCUGGAUUUAUGUGUCAAGGGGGCGAUUUCACCAGAGGUAAUGGAACCGGUGGUGAAUCUAUUUAUGGAGCUAAGUUUGCUGAUGAGAACUUUGUUAAGAAACAUACUGGGCCAGGUAUUUUGUCUAUGGCUAAUGCUGGCCCAAAUACUAAUGGGUCACAGUUUUUUAUCUGUACUGAGAAGACUGCUUGGUUGGAUGGGAAACAUGUUGUUUUUGGACAAGUUUGUGAAGGAAUGGAAGUUGUGAGGGCUAUUGAGAAAGUUGGAUCUCAGAGUGGAAAGACUGCUAAGCCUGUUGUCAUUGCUGAUUGUGGUCAACUUUGAUUUGGUUGACUUUUUGGGUCAAUUGCAAUUUCAAUUUGUGUGGUUUUUCUCUUUCUUAUUUCUAUGUUUUUAUGACUUAUGAAGAAUCUACUAUGUUUGUGAUGGUUUCAUUGACUUGAUUGUUGAUGGGGUUGUCAUUAAGUUAUCUAAUGGUUUGGUUUUUAAAUAAAAUUUAGGUUCUCACUUCUAUCAUC